AUGGAUGUGGAAGCCGCUCCGAACGCUGCUGCUGCGCCGGCUAUGGCUGGCACGAGCAACAAUCCUCCUGCUUCAUCGGAUCCGUCCAUUAGUAUUCCUGAACUUCUCAAGGGCUGGACGACGACGGCAGUCAAGGAUUUCAGGGCGGAUUUCAAGUCACUCCUGAAGGCGAAGUCCAAACUUCAGAAGAUGAAGUUACUCGAUGAGCAGGGGGUGAUACUUCACAGUCUACGCACCAAGCCCGUCGAGUUUCAGACGAAGUACCCGAGCGUACGGGAGAAGUCUGCUGCGUCGGUUGCCGCGCUUCAUCUGGAAAAUCAGAAACGAAUCCAGAAGGACUUCAUUGCGUCUAAGGAGUUGGAGGUUGAGGAGAUUUUGGCGGCUUCUAACUCGCACGUGACGACUCUGGCGACAAAGCUUGAAGACUACCUGCAGAGCCUCUCAGCCAACCCUGACUUGGCGGUGUUUGACGCUACCAAGGAGAAGUACAGGAAGAUCAAGGGUGCGUGCAUCGAGAAGGCGCGGUCUGAGAUAGCGGUCGCCAAGGAUGAGAUCAUCAUCCAGGAGUUGGAUCGGCAGAAGAAACGUGAAGCUGAGGAGUUGAAGAAAGCUGCCGCUGCUGAGGAGAUGGACAGCAUGGAGACGGAUCCGGCGAUCAACGAGAUCGUUCAGCAGCACGUGAAGAAGGCCGAAGAAAAGCUACGCAGGGAGUUCGCGGCGAAGCUGGACAAAGGCCUAUCGGCGGCGCUGCAGAAGGUUUCGCUGGAGAGCAAGAACUCGACGCCGGCCCCUGCUGCUGCUUCGACGCCACCGAACAAGAAGGCGAAGAAGAAGCGCGGGAAGAAAAAGAAAGCUGACGCUCCGACGGACGGCAAGGAGAAGGGCCAGAACGCUACCUCCUCGAAGAAGGCCUGGGUUCCAAAAAACGGAGGCGGCGGCCCCGCAAAAGGGCCCCUGAACAAGAAUUGGAAACCUGAUCGGAACGUUGUCCCGGAGUCGGUCUUCAAGGAGGCCCAUUCGGACCUCUCUUUCUUGAUGAAAGCGACAACGCCACGGCGCGGUUUCAACCUCUCGUUGGGUGUGCGCAAGGCGUUACGCUCCCUCGCCUCUGACCGCAGCAUCGUGAUUAAGCCAGCUGACAAGAACGUGGGUGUGACGGUGUUAGAUCGGCAGCACUACAUCAACCUCUGCAUGGAACAUCUCGGGGAUGAAGCAGUGUACCAGCCGAUCCUACAUGAUCCAACGCCACAGGUCGUGAAGCAGCUGCGGAUCUUACAGACGACGUGGGGACCGGCUUUCCCUGACAGCCUCUGGAAGUAUUUUUUCAAGGAACCACCUGGAGGGUGGCGACCAGCUGCUUUCUACGCACUGCCGAAGCUUCACGAGAAAGUCCCCGUGGGGCGGCCGAUCGCCGCUUCACACUCAUGGGUGACUACUCCUGUGAGCAAAUGGCUGGACGCAGAACUUCGCUCGCUGGUACUUAACCGCCCAACUUACCUCCGGGAUUCCCUCUCGCUGCUGACGACGCUGGAACGGACUGCCUUUCCUACGACAGUUCUGCUCGCGACGUAUGAUGUUGCUGCGCUCUACCCCAGCAUCUCGAUUGAGCGCGGCCUUGAUGCGGUCAGCAGUUUUCUGAUGAGGGAGAAACCACAGCUCGCCCCACCUCUCAUGGCCAUGCUGGGCUGGGUCAUGAGGAAUUCGUUCGUGGAAUUCAACGGCCGGACCUAUCAUCAAGUGCGGGGAACAGCCAUGGGGACACCUGUAGCUGUCUACUUCGCGGUCCUGUUUAUGAGCCGUCUGGACGAGCUUCUGAAGGAGAAGUGGACCGGGAUAUCUCCUCUGUACCAUGCGCGCUACAUCGAUGACGGGUUAAUCAUUUGGCCAGGGACGCGGGUAGAACUGGAAGCCUACCUGCAGACCUUCAACGCGCUGGAUCCUGACAUUAGGAUCACAUGGUCUAUCUCGGAUCGCUCCAUAGAUUUUCUUGACGCUGUUCUUUUCAAGGGGCCGCGUUUUAAGGAGAGGGGUACUUUAGACUUCGGCACGUACCAGAAGCCGGUGAAUAAGUAUCUGUACCUUCCCUUCGCUUCCUUCCAUCCACGGCACUGCAAGGAGUCUUUCAUUCGCGCAGAGCUAAGACGUUACCUUCUUCGCUCAACUUCAGCUGCGACUUUCCUAGCAACGAAGCGGUCUUUCUUCCUCCGCCUUCGUGACCGUGGUUACCCGCCCGUGUUUCUGCACCCCAUCUUCAAAAGUGUCAUCUUCGCUCAUCGUUCAGAACUUUUCGCCAGCACCAUCGCCAACCAAGCGCUCCGCCAACAGACAACUCUCCCAUCCCGUGGGCCCCUAGUCUUGAAGACUCAGUACACUCCUGUUACUGCACGACUCGGGCUAGGGACUGUAAACAAAUUGCAUGGUGAGGCUGAGGAGACAUGGGGCGUGGUGGACGCAGAUGGUGGUCGCAGGCAGUGGGGAAGGAGGCGAGGGAAAAGAGGAGGGCGGUGGGAGGGAAGGAAGGCAGUGGGGGAGGAAAAGGCGGAGGCUGUGGGGGAGGAAAAGGCGGAGGCUGUGGGGGAGGAAAAGGAGGAGGCUGUGGGGGAGGAAGGCACCAGGGAAGCAAUCCGUAGGGAAAUAUUUUCACUGUAA